AGUGCCAUAGCGCCCCUUGGUGUACGUCCAGGGCUCUCACACUGUUCUAUAAACUGCAUAACAUAAGCUUUGCUUUCUAGUGUGUCGAGCUGUCUUAGAUCAAAAUGCCGAUGGAUCUUAGUCAGUGGACCGGACCUCUUGCUCUGCAGGAGGUGGAGGAGAGACCUGCACAUGCCUUAGCCGUCAAGUAUGGCUCCCUUGAAAUCGACGAAUUGGGGAAAAUACUCACGCCUACCCAGGUGCAGAGUUGCCCCACAUCCGUGCAGUGGGAGGGCAGUGACUCCGGUAAGCUGUACACCUUGGCUCUAACAGACCCUGAUGCACCAAGCAGAAAGGACCCCAAAUUCAGAGAGUGGCAUCACUUCCUGGUAGUGAACAUGAAGGGAAAUGAUGUGUCCAGUGGGUGUGUCCUGUCUGACUACGUGGGCUCUGGACCUCCCAAAGGCACAGGGCUCCAUCGCUACGUCUGGCUGGUGUACGAGCAGGCCUCCAGCGUCUCCUGCAGUGAGCCCAUCCUCACCAACCGUUCCGGGGACAACCGCGGAAAGUUCCAGAUCAAGAGUUUCCGUCAGAAGUACGGGCUGGGGGCCCCCGUGGCGGGCACCUGCUACCAGGCAGAGUGGGACGACUACGUCCCCAAGCUGUACGAACAGCUGGCUGGGAAAUGAGACUGACCACAACGUUUUGAGACGUUGGCUCUGAGUCAGCCAGAUGCAGAAACACCAAACGAUAAUGCCUUUUUCUGUUUUGUUUUUGCUGGAGUGCCACUCAGUAUUUCAUGUCUCAUUUCCCACCUAACUUCAUGGUUGUUCAUGCUGAGCUGUUAACUAGAACACAACUGAUCCCAAUAAAACUGACUAAUGCACUGUU